AUGUCAGUUAUGGACGAAGAGAUUAUCAUUAUAGCCGCCAAAUUAAUGUUCAGGCGAGUUGUAGGAACAUGCGGUGGGACUCAAAUGGCUUCGAAGGAGUUGAAGCAGGCGAUGAGUGAAGAGCAGGAUGAUUCGGUAUCUAUGAAUGUUAAUGGCUGGCGGAAUAAAUACUUUGAGUCUAACCGGAUAAAAGUCGAGCGUGAAGGCCUUACCCGUAACUUUUGA